AUGGAGUCGGAUCGCAAGGACAAGUUCGCUAUACACGAAGCAGCCAGGGAGGGGAAUGUGCAAGCGGUUGAGUCGCUCUUGAGCGCUAACCCCAAGCUCGCAAGAACGAAAGAUGAUGAUGACCGUCUUCCCAUCCACUGGGCCGUGUCAUAUAACCGGCUUCCUGUCGUAGAGUUGCUAGUAUCUCAGAAGAACUUCGACCCUGACGUUGAGGAUGGUUCUGGCUGGACACCACUCAUGAUCGCAGCUAGCCUGCGAGACUCCGAAGGAGACCCCAUCAUCGAGCUACUAUUACAGAAAGAAGCCGACGUGAACGUCAAAAGCACAUCUGGCCAGAACGCCCUCCACUUCGCAACCUCCAAAAUCAACAUCACAACUGUCCGUCUCCUUCUCGCCAACAAAUGCAGCGCCAGAGUCAAAGACAAGCGUGGCCAACUCCCCCUCCACCGCGCCGCGGCCGUCGGCUCAGUACCCAUCAUGAAGAUGCUCCUCGAGGAAGGGAAGAGUCCUGUUAACGCGACGGAUAUGGAUGGUUUGACGGCGUUGCAUCAUGUGGUUGCGGAGGGGCAUGGGGAUGCGGCUGUUUUCUUGCUUAAGGCUGGGGCAGAGGCUGAUAAGAGGGAUUCGGAGGGGCGGUUGGCGAUUGAUUUGGUUCCUGAUCAGAAGGUGCGGCAGUAUAUUUUACAGACGGCUGAGAAGGAGGGUGUUGAACUUCCUUGA